GACAGAAAGAAAAAGAAAAAAAGAAAUUAAAUUUAAAAAAAUAUUUGAAAUCAUCGCACGACCUUUUUCUAAUCAAUUAGUUGCAACAACGUUUAUGUCAUAUAUUAUUAAUGUAAUUACAAUAUUUGUGUCUUGAAUGAACUUGAAAUAGUUGUUGUAGGUUCGGCCAAUAUAACCUUUUUAAAACAAUUAAAAAGUGGUGAUGAUUCCAGUCAUCUAGUUUUUAUUAGGGCUUAGUUACCAAAAUUGAUUUGACUUUUUUGCGGAGUGAGAGAAUUGAUAAAUUGUAAACCACAGUUCUUCCAUCUUCUUCACAACAAGAUCAGACUUAGAUUACAACAACUAAACAACAUGACUGAUGUUAAUGAUAUAGAGGAUCAAAUAAGAAUAUAUAGACCAUCUUUGGGUCCAUCUUCACCAACCAAUCAAGAUGUUCAACAAACCAUCCGUCACAUCAAACACAAUGACAAUGACAAUGAUAAUGAUACCACGUAUAGAUCAGUAAGUGAACAACUGGCAUUGUUAGAUAGCUUCCCAUAUAGUCUUGUAAUGAAAGUAUCUAGUUCAGAACCUAGAGAUGUGUUACAACUGGAAAGAACUUGUUUAACUUUUAUACGGUUCUCAACUUCCUUAUUUUUUACUGCUUUAGGGAUAAUUGUCAAUUUUAAAUUUAAUUCAAGUGGUCAACCUAUCGAUGAUGAUAAUCCUAGGGGUAGAUUUAAUGCUUCACUUUAUUCCACAAUAGUAUCUUAUGUAUUGUUAUUACUUUCAUUGGCAACUUUGGUUUUAAGUGGUAUUAAUUAUUUUAUAACGGUUCAGAGAUAUGCGAAUCAUAAGAUAAAUACAUAUAGUUUCAAUAACUUUUCAACAGUGAUAGUUAUGACAUGUGUGAUUAUAACAUUAAUAGCAAUUAGUAUAAGUUUAAUCGUCGAAGGGUAUUUAGAACAACGAGAAUAGAAUAUAAACUCACCUAUAUACAACAUAAUA